AUGUCCGCCCACGCUGAUGAGCUCGAUGCGCUCCGCUCUGCUGCUGCUGAUGCUGCCUUUGCUGCUGCGCUCCAUUCGGCACCGGCCAUCAAUGAGCUGGCGGCAAACAUUGAGGUCUCGCUGGCCACGGUCGAUGCCCUUGUGGCCGAGGUCGUCGCCAUUGGUCACGCUGCAGAGCACCUGCUCGACCGAGGCGACACAGGCGAUGUCGGCACGCUCACAGACGAGCUGGACAACUCGCUGCUGGGGUCUGUUCUCCAUGGCGAUGACGCACUCGUGUCAUCCCGCGAAUAUGGCUGCUGGGGCGCAGAGCCCCACGACAGCGGCCGUGCUCUGCUCUCGUCGUCACUGCUCUCGAUCUCGCAGAUCGGCGCCUCGCCGCCGCCCCCGCAGACGCCGCCUGCUGCGUCCCGGUCACCGCAUGCCGCAAUGACCGCACCGGCCUCACCAUAUGCCCGCGCCGCCAUCCACCGCGCGGUCGAGCGGCUGCACGGCUCCCCCGGCCUGCUUGUUGGAUGUGAGUCUCCGCAAACUGCUGAUGCCCGCCAGACUGUAGCCGCCGAGGAGAUGCUCUCGGAUCAUUACGCCUGGCAUGUGGGCUCGCUUGAUGCCGCCGCUGCUGUCGUAGACGCUGUCAUCGCCGACGAAGCUGAUGCCGCUGCCAAUGAUACAUGGCGCGAGUCGGCAGCAGACAGUAUUUUGCACGACGAACUCGUCGCGCUCAUGCGCGAGGCGGCCGCUGAGGCCGUCGACGACGUCGCGCUCGAGGAGGACUACUCGGUCGGUUCGUCGUACUGGGGCGAUGACGAUGCCGAUGCGGGACAAACUCCUGUUUCCGACACCGCCACCGCAGCAUCCAACCCUGCCCCAUUGUCCAAACCGUCCCGCGCAGCGCGCCCGACGCGCCCAGCACCGCGCCCGCCGCUCCUGCUCCCCGCCCAAUGACAGCUCGGCCGCAGCUGGACCACCCCGUGAGCGAGCAUGAUCACACCGUCAAAGGCUGGGACAAGCUCGGGAUCGUGAGUCACAGCGACCACAACAAGUCCACGCCGCGCCGCCGCUGCCAAAACCUGCGGCAGCACCCGGUCGCGCCGUUUGCCCACAUCCAUCUUA